UUGAAAAUGUCACGACAGCUUUUCUUCAAUUUAAAACAAGAAAGCGCAAGAGUUGCCUAGGUGAGAAAGUUGGAUGAUAAUGGAGAGGCAGUCGAGACUUGGAGAAACUCAUGUCCUGGUAUUACCUUUCCCUAUUCAGGGUCACAUAAACCCAAUGAUUCAAUUCUCUAAACGCUUAGCCUCAAAAAGCCUGAGGGUCACCCUAAUCACCACCUCCAAGUCCAUGCAACCCUCAGCCUCCUCCGUCAACUUCGAGUCUAUUGAGUUUGAAGAAGGUGAAAGAACAAAUAGCGUGGAUGAUUAUCUUGAGCUUUAUGAAAAACUGAUCCCAAAAAGGCUAGCCAAGUUCAUUGAGAAUCAAACUUGCUCUCAACAUCCCGCUAAAGUCCUAGUGUACGACUCUUGUAUGCCGUGGGCUUUGGCUGUGGCCAAAAAUUUUGGCGUGCAGGGAGCUUCAUUCUUCACUCAAUCUUGGGCAGUGAAUGCCAUCUUUUAUCAUUUGAAGCAGGGAACAUUCAGGGUGCCUCCGGAGGAGCCUGUGGUUUCUUUGCCGUCAAUGCCAGAACUAAGGCUCAGUGAUUUGCCAUCGUUCGUUUGUGAUAAUUCAGGGUCAUAUCCGGGUCUAUGCAAGCUCGUCAAAAAUCAGUUCUCAAAUUUUGAGGAAGCAAAUUGGGUCUUCUGCAACACUUACGAUGAGCUGGAAGAUGAGGGAGAAAUCCCUUGGACGUAGGAGAUGAGGAUUGAACCCUGACUAACGGGAGAACGUGAUGAGGCACUGGACUAAACCCCGUGACCCUUCCCUUCCCCAGAAGGUUUAUCUUCCCCUUUUCCAUUUGGCUGCAUCACACAUAUAUCACAUAAGAACAGGUGGACUUCAAUGCAACUUACAUAGUACAUUUAUUCAAUGUGGAUGUGACCAUGUGCUUGGGCCACCAAUACUCUGUAGCUUUGGAUGAUACAUAUAAGUGUAAACAAACAAACAAACAAACA